CUGAAAAAAGGAUAUGAGAGCCAGUGCCGUCAGAUAAGAAAGAGCAAGAGCAACAACGUUCCUUUACUGAUACCAAAUGCCAGGCAGAGGUAGAUAUCCAAGGCACAUGAGAAGGACCCGGAUCAAAAGUCCUGCUUAGGUCCGUCCCAGCAUAUAUAGAGCAGCGAAGCAUGAAAAUGAAUAUCGCGAGCAGGAAGGACAAAGAGACAAAGAGUAGUCGAGAUGUGACAAGGACAAACAAAGGUCAUUGGCGACUGCGUGUCGUGCGAUCAAAUAAUGCCAAAUAACGCGCUCCUUCACAAGUGCCACAUCCCAAGCGAUUGGCUUGCAGCUACUAGUAUACAUGGAUUCUUUCCAGUGGUCCACACCCGAACGCCGCAGUGGCAACCAGGAAUUACCUCCCAUUCCAAAUGAAAUAUACUUGGAGAUUUUCAGCUACUUGGAACCUUCAGACGAGAUAACUGAGGCUCAAUGCAAGGCCACAUUCUCCAAAAUUGUCUUUGUCUGUCGGUUUUUCUGCUCUGUUGCUUUGCCUCGUCUUUACAGGUCGCUGGAAUUUCGGGGGCGCAAGCGCCAGAGUAGCAGCGUAUACGGCUCUCCGAGUCGCUCAGCCUCUAUGUCUGUUAACUUUUCCCUUGCGAUCAAUAAGCGCUCACCUUGGGCUUGCGAUCUCGCAUGUCACGUCAAAGACUGCACCUUCGAGGACUGGAUUCCGGAGAUAUCUUCCCAGGGGCCUUUGUAUGCCGAGUUCCUCAGAGUCUAUUGCAGGGCAAUGGUUAAGAUGGAGGAAAUUCAAUCCCUCACUCUUGAUCACGUCAUAAUAUCUCAUCGCAUGCUCAAAUCGAUUGCGAAGCUGAAGAAAUUAAAGCGCCUCGCUGUCAGAGAAUGCGAGCUGGCCCAGGGCGUUACAGAACUGGAUAUUUCCGCACUACGCUCCCUUCCAAUAGAUGAAUUUACUUUGGUCUCCGUGCAUCAGAGGUCUACAAGUCCUCUCACGCUCUUCCAAGGUAUUCCAAACACGUCACAAGUCAUAUUGCAUGCUAGCGCGUGGGAUGACAAUUCCAUGUCCACCGUGAUGAGCUCACAGCUGACGCGACUGACGCUCGAAACUCUAUCUUACGAGACCAACCUACACCAGCUGGCCCACGUGCUGAACCAUCUCCCAUCAUUGACACAUCUAACGGUCGCGACUUUAUCCUUGGAGAGCGUCUCAUCCGCCGGUGAUCCAGAUUUUCCUUUGGAAGCCUCGUCCCUGCCCCGUCUCCGUGCUCUGUCUUGUCCCCCCCUUCUGGCAAUCUUAUUUCCUAAGCGAGCAUUGAAUGAACUCGACAUCACUGGUUAUAAUAUUUCGACUACUGGGUCGUUGUUACGACAUGUCUAUUUCAACGCCCGGGACCGCCACACACAGACCUUUGGACAGACUACCGCAGCGAUUCAAACGCUUUCGAUACGUGACGACAUGGUGUCCCGCGGCGAUGCUAUCAUCCGGUACUUUCCUCAUCUGAAAACACUACGUGUCGUGUGCGGUUCACAUGACGACAAGACUAUGACCCGCGUUCUCAAGGACAUUUCUGAAGGCUUUCAUGGCACGGAUCAGGGAUACCUCCCUAUCUGUGAACUUGAAGUGCAUAUACCUCUAAUCCAGUCUUGGAUGGUCAAUCUCCAGGUACAACACAAAGCCAUCGUCAUGCAUAUCCAAACGGCGUUCUUCCAGAUCACUCGCGUCAAUCUUGCGGCAGGCGUCCAGUGGCACCGGAACGAUGUCUGCAGUGACUGGCAGGCUUAUGUGCAGCCCGCCAGGAUUGAGGCCACAUUAUUACUCCGGGCUAUGGACUUGUUCUCCGACAAUGUUGCCGACUACAGGAGGUGCUUUGCAAAGGCGGGUCUGCUUGAUAGAGAGAUUAAGGGAAUGGGGGGGAGAGUAGAGGUGUAAAGAAAAGCCCAGGCAGAAUCUUUGACCAAUUGAAGAGGAUGAUCUUCCUUAAACAUUUGCUUACUCAUAAUCUGUCCAUCCAGCUCGUUAAAUUGACCCUAGUUCCUUUUCCCUGUAAACCACCAUCUGAUAUAUAUUCCAAUUCCAACCCCCCAAAAUUCCAAGUAAAUUAAUCCAUAACGUCAUUAUUCAUUUUUCAAACACUCAAAAUGGCUUCGACCAGACCGGGGACACUAUCAAAGAAGUCGAGCA